GCCGCUGCAGUGCGCAGGAGCCCGCGGUCCGCACCCCAACGCCGGGAGCCCGAGCGCGAGCAGCGUCCGGAGCCAGGCAGGGGUCGCCGCAGCCUUGAUGCGCCCUGUGGCGCGAGCGCACGCAGCAUCCCGAGACUCCCGCCGCGCGGCGGGGAUGCCUGCUCUCCGGGCCCCGGGGCUGGGCCCCCGGCGGUAACCGGAGCGGGGGGGCGCGCCCCCCCAGCAGCAGCUGCCGCGCCCGAGCCCGGGCCAGUCACCGCCGGGGCCCAUCGCCUGUCGCCGCGCUCUGCGCGCCCACCGCCUUGCGCGGCCAUGGGGACGCUGCUGGCUCUCGUGGUGGGUGCGGCGCUGGUCUCCUCAGCCUGGGGGGGCUGCGUGGAGGUGGAUUCCGAGACCGAGGCAGUGUACGGGAUGACCUUCAAAAUCCUGUGUAUCUCCUGUAAGCGUCGUAGUGAGACCAACGCGGAGACCUUCACGGAGUGGACCUUCCGCCAGAAGGGGACAGAGGAAUUUGUCAAGAUCCUACGCUAUGAGAACGAGGUGCUGCAGCUGGAGGAAGAUGAGCGCUUUGAGGGCCGUGUGGUGUGGAACGGUAGUCGAGGCACCAAGGACCUGCAGGACCUGUCCAUCUUCAUCACCAACGUCACCUACAACCACUCUGGCGACUACGAAUGUCACGUCUAUCGUCUCCUCUUCUUUGAUACUUAUGAGUACAACACCAGCGUCAUCAAGAAGAUUCACCUGGAGGUGGUGGACAAGGCCAACAGAGAUAUGGCAUCCAUCGUGUCAGAGAUCAUGAUGUACGUGCUCAUUGUGGUGUUGACCAUAUGGCUCGUAGCGGAGAUGGUGUACUGCUACAAGAAGAUUGCCGCUGCCACAGAAGCUGCUGCGCAAGAGAACGCCUCGGAAUACCUGGCCAUUACCUCCGAGAGCAAAGAGAACUGUACAGGCGUCCAAGUGGCUGAAUAGCGCUGGCUCUGGGCUCCACCUCAAGGAAGAGCCAGCCCCUACGGGUACCCUCCCGCCCUGCAGUGGGGAUCAGCCCCUGGUGGGUACCCUCCCCCGGCAGUGGGGAAUCAGCCCAUCGGUCUCCCCAGCCUCACAGUUCUGCAGUGGAGCCACCAGGGUGGGAGCGGGCAGGGACUAAUCCCACCUCACCCACCGCCUCCCACCUACCCUCCCACCGCCAUGCAUGAUGGGUGAAGCAAUAUGGCCGCCCCACCCUGCUUUUGCUGCCUGUUUGGGGGAGGGGGCGGUGAGGCGAGGGGGCAGGCCCCGCCCCUUCUUUUUGCUGAUUUGCACAUAGGCCACUUCCCACACGCACUGCCGGGCCAGCCGGCCCCACCCCUGCUUGAUAGGGUCAAGAGGGGUCGGGACAGGGACAGUAGUGGGCAGGGGGUUCUGGGCCUCAUCUCCCCCUCCGCUUCCUCCGGCUGGACCUGGGGUUCCUUCCCUGUCACACCUCCUAGUCCUGGCCCACCCGCCCUCUCUCACCAGCCUUCAAUUGUGGUCUCUUGGGAAGGGCCUCUUCGGCCUCCUCUCUUUACAGAACUAGUUUUUGUUCAUGAAAUAAAGAUUCUUGGACUCGA